UUUGUUUAUUUUACUACCGAAAAUGUUUAAAAAUGGCCUUGCCCGAAAAUAUCUUGAUUUUUAUCAAAGCCGCGAAAUCACAGAGUCAUGAACUAAUAAAAAGUUCCAGCUUAUUUGUAAAAUGUCUCUGGAUUUUUAUGAUAAUUGGUUACCUCUUAUCAUACAGUCAUUUUUUAUAUCACAACACUGUCAUUUCAGCUGCAGAAAUUUUUCCACCUAAUUUUAAAAUCUGGACUCUGUUCACGCAUGCCUUUGUUGAAAUUCACUUUUGGACAUUACUAUGCAAUUUAGUAGUUGCCUUUUUGUACGGACAGCUGUUGGAACCACUGUGGGGUGGCCUAGAAAUGUACAAAUUUAUUUUAAUCAACACUUUUGCUCCGGCCAUAUUUGCGGUGUUUGUGUUCACCGUGCGGUCACUAACCAGGCAAGAAGCAGAAUAUCUUUUUGAAUAUCACAUCUAUGGUUUCUCAGGUAGUGUUGCUGGGUUCUGUGUUGCUGUCAAGCAAGUUAUGCCGGAGCCAGUUCUUUUUACAUUCCCAAAUUGUAAAUUCCAGAAUCGACACAUUCCAUUAGUGCUAUUGUUUUUAGUAUAUUUGGCUUCCGUAAUCGGGAUAGUAGAACUUACUUACCCCGUCUUGUUUACAUUUGGUCUUCUUAACAGUUGGGUCUACCUAAGGUUUUACCAGAAACAUGGAAAUGGCUAUCAGGGGGAUAGUGCUGAGAAGUUCUCAUUAGCAAGUUUCUUCCCAGUCCUUCUUCAGCCAGUAUUAAAAGUGCCUAGCAAUGCCAUCUUCAGCUUCUUGGUUACUCUCAAGCUAUGCAAAAAAAACCCAUCAUCGACUUCUAUUUUUACAUCAGCACCAUCUUCGCCAACUUCACCGCACGUUUUGGUCACAGGGUCCAAUACCAAUACGGUUGUCCUUAAUUUGCCCGGUACCGAACCUAAUGAUGCAUUCAGACAGAAACAGAUGGCUCUAAAGGCAUUAAAUAGCAGGCUAGUUAGGUCAGAUGUUAUGAAUAUGCAUGGUGCAGUUGACUCACACUCACAGCAGAGUUUCUCACAACAACAACAACAACAACAGCAGCAACAAGAGGAAGAACUGCCUAGAUCAAGAUCAUUUGACCACCUUAUUAAAUUCAGUGAUGGGACGGAAUUUGUUUCAAAAUCUGUAAAGUGAUUGAUUGAUUGAUUGUGUGUGUGUGUGUGUGUGUGUGUGUGUGUAUGUGUGCGUGUGUGUGUGUGUGUGUGUAUGUGGACAGAUUUCAUUCAUAGUUCUUUAGCAUUGUAACAUUUUCAAAUCAGUUAACCGCCAUGAUAUUUGAAACUUAAUUAUAAUAUAACAACAGCAAUAAUAGUAGUAGUAGUCAUAAGAAACAAUAACAACAACAACAACAACAAUAAUAAUAAUAACAGACGAUAUUAAUAAUAUUAAUAAUAAUAAUCUUUUCGUAUGUUAUUUUUCUUUAUUUUUUUUUCAAACAACAGUGCCUUGUUUAGGCUGAGUAUAUAUUAUUAUAAUUUGUUGAUUAAGAAUUAAUAGGUAAAUGAAAUCAAAUUGCUUCUUUUAUUAUUAAUUAAAUAAUAUAAUUUAAUGUUGUUAUUAUUUUAGUUGUAGAUCUUUCUUUUUAUUUUAUUUAAUUCCAAAAGAAAAUAAAACUUGGAAAAUUC